GCGGUGGAGCCCUCAGCCCGCGGUCAGCGCUGAGCGCGGCCCCGCUCCCGCUCCGCCAUGAGCUGCUCGGCGGACGCCGUGAAGGAGAAGCUGCUGUGGAACGUGAAGAAGGAGGUGAAGCAGAUCAUGGAAGAAGCUGUCACCCGGAAAUUUGUACAUGAAGACAGCAGUCACAUCAUCGCCUUAUGUGGUGUGGUGGAAGCGUGUCUCCUGCACAUGCUGAAGCGCAGGGCUGCCGGCUUCCUGCGCACUGACAAGGUAGCUGCUCUCUUCACCAAGGUUGGCAAGACCUAUGCGAUAGCUGGGGACAUCUGCAAGAAGGUGCAGGACCUGCAGCAGCAAGUGGAGAGCAGGAAAAAUCAGCCAAAUGGGCAGGAGCCCCUCAAGAGGCAGGGCUCAACCACAAGCAAAACUCCUGUCCUGACACCUCAGGCCAUCAAACACAUAUGGGUUCGGACAGCACUGAUUGAGAAAGUGCUCGACAAGAUUGUGCAGUAUAUUGUUGACAACUGCAGUAAAUACUAUGAAAAAGAAGCUUUACUGGCAGAUCCUGUCUGUGGCCCAAUACUGGCUUCUCUUCUAGUUGGACCAUGUGCUCUGGAGUACACCAAGCUGAAGACAGCAGAUCACUACUGGACAGACCCGUCAGCAGAUGAGCUCGUUCAGCGACACCGCAUCCACGGAGUACAUGGCCGCCAAGACUCUCCUUCGAAGCGCCCAGCCCUGGGAAUCCGGAAACGACACUCUAGUGGGAGCACAUCAGAAGAUCGCUUCGCUGCUUCAGCACGGGAGUAUGUGGAGUCCUUGCACCAGAAUUCCCGAACUCACCUUUUGUAUGGGAAGAACAAUGUCUUAGUCCAGCCAAAAGAUGACUUGGAGGCAAUUCCUGGCUAUCUCUCCCUUCAUCAGUCAGCAGAUUGUUUGACAUUAAAAUGGACCCCAAAUCAGCUGAUGAAUGGAACCCUUGGCGAUUCAGAGCUGGAGAAAAGUGUUUACUGGGACUACGCAUUAAUAGUGCCACUCAGCCAGAUCGUCUGCAUUCACUGCCAUCAGCAACCAGAAAGCAGAUGGACGUUAGUCUUGGUGAGUCAGGAUGGAACCCAGAGACCUCCGCUUCACUUCCCCCAAGGAGGUCACCUCCUUGCAUUCCUUUCCUGUCUGGAGAAUGGUCUUCUGCCUCGUGGCCAGCUGGAGCCACCACUGUGGUCCCAACAGGGCAAGGGUAAGGUAUUUCCAAAGCUUCGAAAACGGAACAGCAGCAAAUCAGUGGACCUGGAGGAGACCCCAGCUGAAGACACUUGUACAGACUAUGUGUUCAGAAUUAUCUAUCCAGGACACAAGCAUGAUAACAUAACUAUUAACUACCACCACUUAGCUGCCAGCCGCUCUACCUCUGUUGACGAUGAUGAGGAGGAGGAAGAUAAGCUACACGCAAUGCUAUCAAUGAUCUGCUCUCGGAACCUCACAGCUCCUAAUAGGAUGAAAGACAACAGUGAAAUGCUGGAGAUGCAAGGCUUCGGGGCAAACCUGCUCUCGUGGCAGCUGGAGCACUGCAGCCAGGGCUCCUCCUGUGUGUCCUGCUCAACAGGAAGCUCUCCCUAUGAUAUACCCAGUUGCUGCAGCUGCAUCCAUGACAGAACUCCAUUAAAGAUGUUGUGUGACAGCAUGAAGAGGCAAAUAGUUUCCAGAGCCUUUUAUGGAUGGCUUGCCUACUGCCGCCACUUGUCAACGGUGCGCACGCACCUCUCUGCCCUCGUGAACCACACCAUUGUCCCACCUGACAAACCCUCCAGUGCAGCCGGGGGCCUGACGAAAGAGGUCUGGAGCAAGUAUCAGAAGGACAGGAAGAAUUACAAGGAACUGGAAUUACUGAGAAGAGUUUACUACGGCGGGGUGCAGCACGAGAUUCGGAAGGAAGUGUGGCCAUUCCUGUUGGGUCACUAUAAAUUUGGCAUGGCCAAAAAGGAAAUGGAGCAGGUGGAUGAAGACAUUGCUCUCCGCUAUCAGAAGGUCAUGGCUGAGUGGAAAGCCUGUGAGGUCAUUGUGAAGCAGCGAGAGAAGGAAUCCCAUUCUGCCACGCUGGCAAAGUUCUCCUCAGGCAGCAGCAUCGACAGCCACGUGCAGAGGCUCAUUCACAGGGACUCCACCAUCAGCAAUGAUGUCUUUAUCUCUGUGGAUGAACCGGACUCCAUGGAGCGGGACUGCAAGGGGCAGGAGGACACCCGCUUCACCCCGGCGGCAGCAGCCGCUGCAGAGCCCCAGGCUGUGGAGUUUGACUCCCCCGACUCGGGGCUCCCGUCCUCCAGGAACUACUCAGUGGCCUCGGGCAUCCUGUCCAGCAUCGACGACGGGCAGAGCGUCUCCUUUGAAGAGGGGGCUGAAGAAGCAGGCACGGACUUGGAAAGGACUGACCCAGACGCACCACGGCUGCAGAAGGCCAAGGCAGUCGUGCUGCAGCCUCAGGGCUCUGUAGCAGAAGAGCAGCUGUGUUCCCAGGUGGACUAUUUAAUGGAUGUGGCUUCUGUCUGCGCUGCAUCCUACACAAUAGAGCUAUUGGACACUGUUGCCUUAAAUUUGCACCGAAUUGAUAAAGAUGUCCAGAGGUGUGACCGGAAUUACUGGUAUUUUACUGCUGAUAACCUGGAGAAACUCCGAAAUGUCAUGUGCAGUUACGUUUGGGAGCACCUAGAAGUUGGUUAUGUUCAAGGCAUGUGUGACCUCCUGGCUCCUUUGAUGGUUAUCCUUGACAAUGAUCAGCUGGCUUACAGCUGCUUCAGCCACCUGAUGAAGAGGAUGAGCCAGAACUUCCCCAAUGGAGGUGCUAUGGACACACACUUCGCCAACAUGCGCUCCCUGAUCCAGAUUCUAGACUCGGAGCUUUUUGAACUGAUGCACCAGAAUGGAGAUUACACUCACUUUUACUUCUGCUAUCGCUGGUUCCUGCUUGACUUUAAAAGAGAAUUGUUGUACGAGGAUGUAUUUACAGUGUGGGAAGUUAUUUGGGCAGCAAAGCACAUCUCUUCAGAACAUUUUGUCCUUUUCAUUGCCUUAGCACUUGUGGAAGUUUAUCGAGAGAUUAUCCGUGAUAACAACAUGGACUUCACUGAUAUCAUCAAGUUUUUUAAUGAAAUGGCAGAGCACCACAAUGCUGAGGAAAUCCUGAGGAUAGCCAGAGACCUGGUCUACAAAGUGCAGACACUGAUUGAAAAUAAGUGACAAGGAGCAGGCUGUCACUGUGGGCCUCACUGGGAGCUGAGGGACAGAGCACUUCUUGCACUGCAACUGCAAAAUGGGGUUUUAACUGCAUCUUCCAUGUAAUGUAACAAAGAGAUUUGUAACGGACUUGUAAAGCCAGAACUUUCCUCCACCAGACAAGGUUCGUGUUUGAUAGUUCCCCGUUACACUCACUUUGUAUUUCUAGACAAGAUCUUUUUGCAUUCUCUUGCUCCCCUCUCUAAGACCGUCUGUCCACAUUUGAGAUACCAAAAGGGGGGAUCUGACAAACUACAACAUUUGUAUUUUGACUUACUGCACCUUUAAAGCCUGGAUGCACGUUGGGUGCUGUGCCAGAACCUUCUGUGGGGUAUGGCUGGAUCCAGCAUCACUCAAGUGUUGCACUUGGGUCCUUGGAGGAGCACUUGGUGGACUCGUUGUCUAUGUCUUGAACAGGGAAGAGAAUGUGUAUGAGCUCCUGUUGCUAAAACAGUUGGCUUUGUAUUUAGCAGAGUAUUUAGCAGCAAUUAAAGUAAGGGUACCAGCUGGAGAAUGGCCUUAAACUACGUAACAUGGUUAAUACAAGCAGUGCAGAUCUGGCACCACAAGCUAAAAUCAUCACCCAGCCUCUGCUGACUCGUUCACGCUGUUGAGCCUCCAUGGCCUACACUCGCCUUCCUUUUGCUUUGCAAACUUACUCUGUGCCUGU